GGGUCGCAAAUUUCAGUUUCCAUUGACAACAUAAAAGAAAUUCGCAUUGGAAGAACCACUGAUCUUUUUCAUUCAUCUGAGAAUUCUGCAGCAGAAAUUCAGGAGGAAUGUGCUUUUUCGAUAAUUCAUGGUGAUAACUAUGAGAGUUUAGAUUUAAUUGCCCAUUCUCCUGAAGAUUCAAAUAUAUGGGUAACGGGCCUUAUGAAUUUGAUAAAUAAAAGUAUAUGGAUUGGCUCAGUUUUUGAUGAAGAAGAUUCGGAUAAAAAAGGAUUUAUAAGUGAAAAUUUAGCGAUACGUUUAAUAAUGCAAAUGAAUAAUCGCUUGUUGAUUGGUAGGAUCAAACAUAAAAUAAUGAUCCUAUCUUAUCAUAUAAUUGGAUCAUUUGAUCGCGAAAUUGAUAAAACAUUCUCUAAUCUGACUAAUAAGUUGCAAUUUUUUCUUUUUAAGGAUGUUGCCACAAGACCAGAAGUUUACUUUCUAAUGGUGCGGUAUGCAAAUAAGGAUUAUCUCACUUGGAGAGAUUUACAAGUUUUUCUCGAAACUGAACAAGGAAUGAUGGGUGUCACUGAAGAUCUCUGCGAAACGAUUAUUGAACAACAUGAACCAUCAGAUGAAGCUAAAGCGAAUAAUUUUAUGACCGUUGAUGGGUUCACAAAUUAUUUACUAGAUGAAGAAUGUCAGCUAUUUGAUAGAAAUCAUCGAAUUAUCUGCCACGAAAUGAACCAUCCAUUUUCAAGUUAUUUUAUUGCAACAUCUUACAAGACAUAUUUAGUAGAGGACCAAAUAAAAGGACCAGCUAGUGCUGAAGGAAUUACCACAGCACUUAAAAGGAAUUGCAGAUUCAUUGAAUUAGACUUGUGGGAUCCAAUACAAAGUGACAACGAAAAUGAGCCAAUGAUUUGUCGGCUUAAAGCGGCCCAUUCGAAAUUGACGGCAUCAGCUGCAUUUCACAUUAUAAAUGAAGUCGCUUUUGAGCGUUCCAGAUUCAUGAAAUAUAUUUUUGGAUAUCCUUUAUUUAUUCGACUGGUAAUCCAUCUAAGCGUUCAAUGGCAACUAAAUCUCGUUCAAUUAUUGCAAACAAUUUUUGGCAAUAAACUAUAUCAACCAACGUUAGAUCGGAUUGAUUGGAUCAAUAAUAAACGACUUCCAAGUCCAAGGGAUUUUUUGACGAAAAUCAUUAUUGUGGGCAAGAAGAUAGAGUCAACCGAUGAAAGCGAGGUGAGUGAAGAUGAAACAAAAAUAACAUUGUCAGAGUGUCACGAUAGCGGAAGGAUAGCUAUUUGUAGAAAAUUAUCGGAUCUUUUUUGUCCAUGGGCAAUAUUCACGAAUGUCUCAGAUUUAUCACAGGCCUCAGAUAAAAUUGGUAACAAAUUUCAUUUUUCUGAGAACAUUUUGCAAUAUUUGUAUAUACAUAUAUAUAUAUAUAUAUAUGUUUAUCAAAGGAUAAAGAAUAAUCAAAUGAUAAACAUUUGCAGAGUCGAUUCAUCAAAUAUGAAUCCGCAGGAAUUUUGGAAUCGAGGAGUACAACUGGUUGCACUUAAUUAUCAAACACCUGGUCUUAUGAUGGAUUUACAGGAAGGGAAAUUUUCUGACAAUGGUGGAUGUGGUUAUAUUUUAAAGCCAUCGAUUAUGAGGGAUCAUUUUUUCACUUUUGGUGAUAAGUUGCCAUUUCCGCCACAGAUACUACAUUUGCGAAUCUUAUCGGGCCAACAGUUACCUCGACCACGGGGUUCAACAGCUAAAGGUGACUCAGCAGAUCCAUAUGUGAUUGUUGAAAUAUUUGGUAUACCUAUGGAUUGCGCAGAAGUACGCACGAAAACAAUUAAAAACGACAGCGUGAAUCCAUCCUUUGACGAAACUUUUCAAUUUGAAAUUACUGUCCCAGAAUUAGCGUUGGUUCGUUUUUUGGUAUUAGAUGACGAUUAUAUUGAUGAUGAUUUUAUUGGGCAAUACACAGUACCAUUCGAAUGUCUUCAGAAUGGUUAUCGCCAUAUUCCUCUAAUGAACAAUGAAGGUAAUGCGCUGGAUAAGUCGACUUUAUUUAUUCAUACAGCAGUAACAAAUCGAAGAGGAGGAGGAAAACCAAAGAAACGAGGAAUGUCAGUGAAAAGAAAAAGUCAACGAAUUAACACCGGAAUGAAAUUAAUUGGCGUUAAAAGCAUCGAUGAUUUAUUCAAAAUUGCCGCCUUGCCGUUAGCUGAUUCAAUUCAAAUGCGAUCCAAAUUAGAAGCUACGAUGAUUAAUUGGCAAGAGGACUGUGGUAUAGGUCCAACUGGUACUGUAAGACAAGGUCUCCGAGUAAUGCACACAAGAAUGCUGCAUCCAAUAAUAGAAACGCGUGGUGUCAUUCCUGAACGUUUGCAACGAACGAUCGAUUCACUGAAACGUUUAAUAGAAAUCUGCGAACAAAUUUUAAUUUCCAUGGAUAUGCUUUUGAUAAAGUUAGAAGAUACAACUAAGAAGAUAAGCAGUUCAUAUAAUAAACUGCCAGAGAUUUGUGCAGAAACUGGCUUACGCGGUUUAAAGGUUAUACGUGCUUCCGAAAAUUUCGCCUGGAAUGUUCGCUUAUUGAAAGCGCAGUUGACGCUAAUGAGCAAAACACAAACAGAAGCAAACGAUAUUUUUACUCAGGUUCGAGAUUCCAUUUCGUUUAAUGGCAUGCGAAUAGGCAAAAUGAAGAAUAUUUAUAAAGUGCUAGCUCACCCUUGGACAAAAAUUUACUUUAAAUAA